GUCACUCAAGUUUCUUGGAAAAAAAACUCUGUAAAUAAAACAACUGCACAAACCGUCUGUCUGUGUGUCACAUUAUCUCCCCUGCUCACUCUAAGACGAUGUUUUUUUAACUUUUUACCAGGCAAUAAGCUCCAUGUACUUGCUACUCCUCCACUCCGCCAACAGAAACACUUAAAAAACAAACAAACAUCAACUACACUAAACUAUUAAUUUUUUGUUAAAGCAAUAGUGCUUCUGCCGAAAGAGACUGUCUGCAGAAUUGUUUCAUCACCACCAUGAAUCAGACAUUCUCCAAUUAGUAAAGAACAUUUGAAAAAUAAUUCACCACACUCUUUAAAACAUUGGGAAUGCCAUGAAAAAUUCUGAAGAAAAUCUUCCCAGCACUUAAGCCCCAAUGUUUCCGGGAAAUGUGGCCUCAACCGCCUGCUUCAUAUCACAUGUCUAAUCCAUAAAGAUUACUUUGAAGGUAUCUUCUUUGAGGUUAUUUGUUUAAAUUUAUGGAGUUAAUGUGAGGGAGAACAGUAAUGUGCUGGAGACAUUUCACUCAAUUCUAUCCUGUCUGCUCCAUUUACACAAACUGGGUCUUGCACCAUGAACAAGAGCAGAAUUUAUUUAAAACUUUAAGUCAGACGGAAGGUUUUGAGUGAAAAGUUUGGAAAAACAACAUGGCUGCUCUUCUCAGUCAUUGUCAUGUUGGUUUAUUUUACUGCCUGCGUAAAAAUUGAAAUGUAAUCAGUAAAAUGUAACAACUAAUAUCAUACAUUCGCCUUCAUCAUCAUCAUCAUCCUCAUUAUCAUCAUCAUUUUCGUCGUCGUCAUUAUUGUCACAAGUAUCUCACAUUCGAUAGUCAAAACUCUCAGUUCCCAGACUUGGAAGCUGUCCUAUUUGUGUAGAAUCAUUGGGAUAUUUCAUGUAAUAAUACCACAAAUUUAUACUGUAUACCCUUGUGAUACCACCAGCAUAUCCCAUGUGAGAACAUCAGGAUAUUUCUACACAAUACCACUUGGAUAUUUUUCUAUAUGAUACCAUCAGGACAACCCCCUGUGAUACCAUAUGCUUAUCUUAGAUGAUCCCAUCACAACAACACCAUUGUAAUUAUUUCAUGUGCACCAAUGCUGUUGUGGUGAGUGCAACUAACCCCUCUACACCACUGCAGUUGACAGCUCUUUACUGUUGCAUGUACUACAUCUGACCAGUGCAUUUAACGCAGCUGUGACACUGCUGUUAACCCAUCAUUGCAACAGCACUUCGCAUCACUGCAGCUGAACCAUUAUACCAUCGCUAUUUACACACCACUGCAAUUACCUCUUCAUACCACUGCAGUUGUUAAGACCUCGUAACACUGCAGUUAACAUACAUACUGCUCCUACUUCUAGUGUGUCAAUGGUCUGGAAGAUUCUGUGAUUUAAAAUAUAGACUGAAUUAUUUGAAACAAAAAGCUCUUUCCUUGCAUCCCACAUCACCCCUACUGAGCUGUUUCACCCGGUGUCAAAAAAUAAAAUAAAUAGACAUAUUUAUAUAUAUACAUAUAUAUAUACCUUACAAACAUGAUGGUAAAGAUACAGUUUUUGGAAUAAACCAAGUAAAGAACAAAAUGUAUUCCAUGCAACCAAUUUUCCCACCAAUAGGGACCCAGCCAAAUCUCUAUGGUCAGCCGUUCUAUCAAACUGACCACCUCAAGUGUCCGGAGAAGCUAGGCUUUCUUGAUGAAAAAAGCUAUAAAAACGAACUGUGUUGUGAUACAAAGGGUUUUGUUCCAGGUUUAAACAGUAACAACAACAACAACAAUACCAGCAACAACAACAACAACAACAUUGAAAGUAAUGGCAAUAUUGGCCAUGAGCGGAUCCCAGCCCCAAAAGAUGUCCAGUGUUCUGUUUGCAAAAAAGGAUUCUCCAAUUCCUUCUUUCUGAAGAUUCAUGAACGUGUGCACACUGGCGAGAAGCCUUUUAGAUGUUCGAGUUGUCCGAAAGCAUUUAGCCAGCAAGUCAACCUCCGCAACCACGAACGGGUUCAUUCGGGAGAGAAACCAUUUAGUUGUUCAGUCUGUGGCAAAGCAUUUAGCCAGAAAGGUAACCUAAAAUUGCAUCUGAGAACACAUACUGGAGACCGGCCGUAUGCCUGUGAGAUAUGCGGCAAGGCGUUCUACCAGAAAGUCAACCUUGAUGACCAUCGCCGUAUUCACACAGGAGAUAUGUUCUACUGCACCUUCUGUAAAAAACCCUUCACAAAUGCAUUUUUCCUAAAAAUUCAUGAGCGUGUACAUACUGGAGAGAAGCCAUUUCAGUGUGCCUUUUGUCCAAAAGCAUUCAGCCAGCAGAUCAACCUUCGUAACCAUGAGAGAACACACACUGGUGAGAAACCCUUUGCUUGUGCAACAUGUGGUAAAGCAUUUAGUCAGAAAGGAAACCUAAAACUUCACCUGAGGACACAUACAGGAGAGAAGCCAUUCGUAUGUGAUGUCUGUGGCAAAGCUUUCAGCCAAAGAGUCAACCUCAUCGACCAUAAGCGUAUACACACAGGCGACAUGUUCUACUGCCAGUACUGCAAGAAAGCUUUUUGUAAUGCAUUCUUUCUUAAAAUCCAUGAACGUAUCCACACGGGGGAGAUGUACAAGUGUUCAAUGUGCCCAAAGGCGUUCAGCCAACAGAUUAACCUACGUAACCAUGAACGUGUUCACACAGGAGAGAAACCUUUCUAUUGUACAAUAUGUUCAAAGGUGUUCAGCCAGCAAUGUAACCUGCGAACACAUCUGAGAACACACACAGGUGAGAAACCAUUCUCGUGCGACAGGUGUGGGAAAUGUUUCUCACAGAAGGCUAACUUAAAUAACCACAAGCGAACCAGAACCGGCUGUGAGCUCUUUAUUAAAAAUCCUUCUAAUUCGUCCUCUGCUGCCGGCUCACAUCAGGCGUCUGCCCCUUCUUCCACCUCUGUCUCUCCUAUUGUCUCCCCUUCAAUGUCUCCCAUGUCAUCCCCCUCGGUCUCUGCUAAAAUGAAUUCACUGAAAUCACCCGUGCCAUCUUUACCAUUAUCAUCCCCUUCGUCAGCUUUCAACAGCAGCACACAUAACAAAAACCAUCACCAUCACCAUCAGCAACAGCAGCAGCAGCAGCACUUGCCGCAAGGAUCUGGCCUUGUUAAGUCCAGCUUAAAGACUGGCAUGAACAGUCACAACAGUGGCGACCACCACAGCAAUGACAAUCCCAUAGAUUACAACAGCCAUCACCCGCAUCACGCACACAGCAACAGCAGCACCCCGACAUCCGGCAUCAGCCAUCCGAGCAGUCACCCUCAUCCACAAAGCCAUCCACAGCACCAUCCUUCAGAGUCUCCACACCAACAGACUGCUGCCAACUCCCUCACCAGACUACAGAUUCCAAACUUAACAGCCCCUUCCGCUUCCUCUCGGAUAAACUCGUUCUACUUGGAGGAGAUGCCACAGACCUGGGAGAACAACUACCUCUGGUCCCGCGGGUUUGCCAUGCCUCACAUGCUCAACCCGAGCUGGAACAAUAUGCCCAGUGCAUUCUCUAGCAGCCUGAAGCAUCACAACAGCAAACAGAACAUAGGGGGAACGAAUUUCCAGAGUAUACAUGGCCCGAUGAAGCCUAGCAACGAUUACAUGUUGAACACGAAAUAGAAAUCCGGGGGAGAACCAAUAAAUGAAGGCAUGAAAAGGGGCCCGACAGAUCCUUGAUGUUUUAUGAUAAACAUUAAUUUAUUUUGAAAAUUCUUCAAAACUAUUUAACAACUCCCCACUCCCAACAGAGAAAAAAUACAGAAACCCCAGAUGAAUAUUAAACUAGAAAGGAAACAAUUAGAUGUAGUGAUGGGAGCGGAGGAGGUGGGGGGGGGGUCUGUUUAUGGAGCCUCGUGGUCUUUGUAUGAAAGAUUGGUUGUACUUAAUGUCUUCUUUCUCUGUACGUGGAAAACAAGACCAAACUCUGUGAAGUUGUUCGGCAAUGAUAAAGGAUGCCAAAAAUGGAAAGGAAGAAAAAAAGAAUGGCAAAAAAAAAGAGGCUUUGAAAAAAAAAAGAAAAAAAAUAACUAAAGAAUUGUCUGUGCAAAAUCU